UGCGCCAUCUGAAGGACAAAACCGUCACACUUCAUCUAAUUUUCUGCAUUUCGCUGCCACAUUUCAACAUGUUCUUUAAAUUUAACCCCUUUUCGGGGCGGGUAACACAAUCUUCUCAAAGCUCAGCAUACAAUCCACGUGGCAUUGCACCACACAGUGAACCACCCAGUGCAGAAAUUAUGUUCGAAAGUAGCAGAGUGAAACCUAUCCAUGAAACUGGGACUGCAACAGGAGGUCGUGUUGCAGGCCAGCCUGCCAAGGCAUUGGGUGCUAUGGAGGCAUCAGUGGUAUCAGCUCUUGGUCCUACUGCCAGUGGCAAGGCCCUUGGUUAUGUACCAAACCACCCAGGAUACUUUCGGUUCAUGGAGUUGCAAAAACUAUUUACAAAAGACGAUCAUCUCCUUGUUUGGAUGAAGAGGGGGUCCCGGGACAUGGGACCAUAUUAUCUCACGUUAGGUCUCUGUGCCAUUGGCAUGGGAUUGGCUGUGAAGAAUCUUAUAGCUAUGUCUUUUCCAAAAAAGAAUGCAGAUUGAUGAAGUUGCUGAUUAGUUUGUUAUUUAUAAAAUGAGGACAAGGAACAUUAAAAGACAAGCAGUUUAACCUUCAACGUUGUCUGAUCAUCUGAGAUUUCUACACAUAAUAGAUGAAAAGAGUGGAACAAACAUUGGAUUGUUUUCUUCAUAAAGCAUGAGAUUGUUCUUUUCAUAAAUUGUUGUGUAGAACUGGACAUCAAUUAUACGCCGAUGAGUUGGAGGAGACAAGUGAAAGCAGGAUGUGACAAAGACGUAGGUAUUGUGUGAAUUUGUAGUGAAAGUUACAACAUGAACAUUAAAAUGCUUUUUGUCAAUGGAAAUGUGACUGGUGUAUUUCUGUAAAUAAAAUUUC